AUGCGUUCCCAUUGGGAAUUCCAUAGUGAAACAAUAGAAAUGGCAAGAAAAGUGUAUGGAUUUUCUCAAUCUCAAACGUUUGCAAACAUUUUUAAUUUACUUCUUAAUAAAGUAGCAGAAACGUUGACAGUUAAAGAUAUCACAAAAACGAUACUUACUGAAGCAAUAGAAAGAUUUGCUCAAUUAUGUAAGCAAUACGAAAAUUGGGAGAAAUUAAAAUGUUUUGAUGCCGCUUUUCCCUGGAAAGAAGUAACCAAUGUAGAACUCGAACUUAGAUUAAUGGAAAAUUAUGAUGUUCUCAGCAAAAACCAAGAACAUUAUGAAAACCUUGUCAAGGCUCUUAAACGACUUACAUCCGUACUAGAAUGGGUUGUUCGUCUUGAACAAUUAUUCACGAUUAUAGAAAUAUUUGAUGUUCUACAUGAAAAAGACGAUUGGCUUACAAAAUCUCGACGACUAUCCGAAGCUGGCAAUUUUCUAGAAUUCCUCAAAAGUAUAGCUGAACAUGAUAUAGAAAAUCUUAUUAAUUGCAUUGAUGAUUUUAAUGAUGAACGAUUAAACCAAGAGGAUACUGUUGCUUCAUUAAUUCAAAAAUUUCUUGCCAAUUUGGCUUCCAUCAAUGCCGAUAACCCUACAUUGGUUCGAAAAAUUACCUUGUGUUCAAGUUGUAAUAUGGCUUUACAAAAUAUGUAUCAAAACAUUUCACUUCGAGGCGAAGUUACUAAAGAAAAGAUUCAUAAUGCAGUUAAAAAAGGAACUUAUUUAUUUGAACGUAUGAGCAAAGAUGAAAGGUUUACUGUUUCGUUGACAUAUCCCUCCAAAGGGAGUAAUGUAAAGCCUUAUUCUCUUUAUGACUUACAAGAUUUGAGAGGACGUGCGUUGUUAAUUGCUAAACCUACUUCCGCUGCAAACAAAAGAAAGGAUGCAAAUGAAGAACAGAUAGCAAAGACCCAAAUAAUGGAUGAAUUUGUUCGUCAAAUUGAUUUGUUUCACGAAAUUUGUAAUAUUGGAGUUAAACUCAUACAAGUGGGGCAUUUCGGUUAUCGGCAAUACAAGAAAUCGGUUUCUGGUGGAAAUAAGAUGAAAGAAUUAGCCGAGUUGCUUAAAUCACUUAAAGAGGAUUUGAAUCAAUAA